UAUAUAUACACGAGUGAUCAAAAUUGAUGAACACAAAUUAAGAAUGGUAAACCGUUUAAGCGCAGGUAAGAGCUGGUACAAGCAUUUCCAGUAUAAAGAAGAUGUAGACAAGUCUGGCAAUGUUCGAAACAUUUUGUUAGUAGUAGCAACCCUCAUAGCUUCCGUUACCUUCCAAGCUGGUGUCAACCCUCCUGGCGGAGUAUGGCAAAAAGGAGAUUGUGCAGGCAGAGCCAUUUAUGCAUUCGACUCAGCAGCCUACUAUGUUUUCUUGAUUUCCAACACCCUCGCUCUCGCCACUUCCAUGCAUGUCAUCAUCUCGAUCACCUACAAAUCCCUUUUCCACCUCGAAAUUGUUAUUGCCACCAUUUCCAUGAUCGUCACUUACGGCUCUGCAAUUUUCGCAGUUACUCCCCAUGAAAUGCGAUUUCAGUAUGCCAUAGCUGCUCUUGCUGUACCUUUCAUAAUGCAGUGUUUGAUUCAGCUCUUCAACGUCCUCGUCUUUAAAAAUGACCACAAGUCUGAUCCAAAGAAUGGCAAUAAUGAGUAAUCAUGUAUUUCAGUUUCAGUUUGGUACCUCAAGUUGUAGUCUAUAUAGUUUAACAUAAGAAACAUGUUGUGUCUUGUUAUAGCACUUAAGACAGAGAAAGUCUUACCCUAAGUGCUCUCUCUCUCUCUCUCUCUAUAUGUAUGUAUGUAUGUAUGUAUGUAUGUAUGUAUGUAUGUAUGUAUGAACUAUGAACUAAACUCAAAUUUAGGUUUGAUAAAUAAACUAGUAUUAAUUUCCUUGAAA